CAGCUACUCAUAUCUAAAGAACCUAUUCAUAGUAUUCAAAAAAUAAUACAAAAUCUUAAUAAUCUUGAUGUCAAUUCUUUACAAGUUAUUUAUAAUCAAUUGUCUAAAGUCAUUGAGAAUAUUUGUAGUCCUAAUAAAACUUUCCAAGCAGGUGACUAG